CGGAGCACCAGCUUUCGCCUCUUCCUGUGCCGAUCCUCGUGCGUCAAUCUGUUUACAGCGGCUAAUCUAAACAAGCUAGCUCCCUGUGGGAAACACCGUCCUUACAUCGCGUUUCCCACGUUCACUUCCCAUGUGUCUCCGCUGACAUGCUCCUGUUCUGUCCAACCUGUGGGAACGUGUUGAUCGUGGAGGAAGGACAGAAAUGCAUGAGGUUCGCCUGUAACACUUGUCCCUACGUGCACAACAUCACGAGAAAGGUGAAUUACAGGAAGUUUCCCAAGUUGAAGGAGGUGGAUGAUGUCCUCGGUGGAGCUAAAGCCUGGGAAAAUGUCGACUCAACUCCUGAAACUUGUCCCAAGUGUGGUCAUCUUCGGGCGUAUUUCAUGCAGAUUCAGACCAGAUCAGCAGAUGAACCCAUGACAACUUUCUACAAGUGCUGCAAUAUCCAGUGUGGACAUCUAUGGAGAGACUGACACUUUUGCACUUUGAACACUUUCAUGAAGAGGCAUAGAUUACUCAUUUUUGGGCCUUUAUUUAUCAGCAACAGGCUCUUGCAGAGAUCUCUUGAAUUAUUUCAUUUCUUUCUGUUGUUUCUAUUCUGUGUAUAGCAACAGCUAAAGGACCAUUAAAAUAAGUUUCAAUGGAAAAUCA